UCCCGGCCCGUCUCCUGGCGGCCUGGCCCGGCGGUCGGGGGCGGCGCAGGCGGGCGAGGAGGCGGCGCCCAGGAGGGCGGAGGCGGCGGCGGCGGGGCCUGCCGGGCUUCCCUCCCUGGCGGCGGCCAAUCUCGCCUCGCGACCCGCCGCGUCCGGCCUGAGCGCUGUCGGGCACCGGGCGAGGGGCUCCCAGCGGCGCGGCGCGCUGCCUCCGCCCAGCCGGGUCCGCGCAGCAUGGUUGAGUAUGUUGUGGAGUAUGACUAUGAUGCAGUGCAUGAUGACGAGCUAACUAUUCGAGUUGGAGAAAUCAUAAGGAAUGUGGCAAAACUAGAAGAAGAAGGAUGGCUUCAGGGAGAGCUCAGUGGGCGAAGAGGCAUGUUUCCUGACAACUUUGUUAAGGAAGUUAAGAAAGAGACGGACUCUCAGAAUGAUGAUUUGCCAGUCAAGAAGGAAAGGCAUGGAAAUGUUGCCAACCUUGUUCAGCGCAUGAGCACUUACGGGCUUCCAGCAGGAGGAUUCCUGCCCACUUCCCAGUCUAAAAGCUUCAAGAGGAAAUCAAAAAAGCGGCAAUGUAAAGUUCUUUUUGAGUAUGUUCCUCAGAAUGAAGAUGAGUUGGAGCUCAAGCUUGGAGAUAUUAUAGACGUUAAUGAAGAGGUGGAAGAAGGCUGGUGGAGCGGAACACUAAAUGGCAAAUUAGGACUAUUUCCUUCUAAUUUUGUAAAAGAGCUGGAGGUCAUAGAUGACGGAGAAACCCAUGAAGACCCGGAUGAUGCAGAGCCUGUUUUUCCUGACCCGCUCUCACCUGUAACCCCACCAGGGAAUAUUACUGAGUCUGGGCCUGCACUGAUAGCACAGCCAAAGAAAAUCCGAGGAGUUGGGUUUGGAGAUAUUUUUAAAGAAGGUUCUGUGAAGCUUAAGACAAGAUCACCCAGUAAUGAUUCAGAAGAGAAGAAGCAAGAUAAGCCAUUAUUUACUCAUCCAUCUGGACCAAAAGUAACCCAAUUUCCUGGUGCAACGAAAACAGAAAUUGCAACUGAGGUAGCAAAAACAGAAACAGAAAGCAAACAGAAAGCUAAGGAAUAUUGCAAGACCUUAUUUGCCUAUGAAGGUACUAAUGAGGAUGAACUUAGUUUUAAAGAAGGUGAUAUUAUUCAAAUAAUAAGCAAGGAUACUGGAGAGGCUGGGUGGUGGAAAGGCGAGCUUGGUGGAAAAGAAGGAGUUUUUCCAGACAACUUUGCAGUUCAGAUUUAUGAAUCAGAUAAAGAUUUUCCUAAGCCAAAGAAGCCACCACCUCCUGCAAAAGGUCCAGGUUUAAAGCCAGAGUUUCUGAUGGCAGAGAAGAAGUUUCCUCUUCCUAAGAAUGAAGAAAAAGAUGAAAAAUCAAGUUUGGAUCAGAAAAUAUCUAAACCAGCAGCUCCUCAAGUACCACCCAAAAAGCCUAUCCCGCCAAACAAGGCAAAUAAUGCGUUGAGAUCUGGGAUUUCGCCUUUAAAAUGGCCAGAUAAACCAGUUGUGCAACCACCAAUAUCUAAGACAAAUGGGGAUGUUGUUUCCUGGCGACCAAAAUCGGAAAUUGAACCAGCAACAAAACCAAAGUUAGAUUCUGAACAGUUACCACUGAGACCAAAAUCAGUAGAGGUAGAUUCAGUUGCAAUAAAGAACUUAAAAGAAGCAGAAAUUUCAAGUUUUGAUCAUAUAAUAGCUACCUCAGAUAAUUUAUCACAUCCCACUGCUAAUCGGCCAAAGAUGCCUGGCAGGAGGCUUCCCACUCGCUUCAACGGCAGAAAUUAUACUACUCAGAAUUUAAGCAUAGAGAAAAGUGGGAAGGAGCAUAAAGAGGAGGAAGAAAGUGCCAAAGUAAAGCCACCCGAAGUUAAAAAGCCAUCUCUAUUUGCUCAGCCACUUCUGUCUUCAUCACCCAGACCAAAUUCUUUUGUACUCGGUGCUGUUACUGGGGAAAUGAAACUUAAACAGGAAAUAGAUGAAAGGGAGAAGCCUUCUCUGGAAGACCUCAGGUCACAGGUUUUUGACCUGCUAGCUGUCGUAGAAACACUAAAGAAAGAACAUGGGAAGGAACUGGAAAAACUGAAAAGGGAGUUGGAGAAAGAGAAGCAGAUGCGAAGUAACCUAGAGGUGGAAAUAGAGAAGCUGAAGAAAGCUGUCAUAACGACAUGAAAGAGCCAUAGACCUUGCCAGGAUUUCAGAGUCAAAAUACAAAUGAAGCUGACUUGACUUUUCUUUUUUUACUUCAAACCAAUGAAUGGGCAGCAUUCCGUAAAAAAAGGAUAAAUGAAUAUAAUCUUCUAUUUAGUGAGCUAAGAGAAGAAAAUGAACCGCUUUUUUGUUUCUUACCAAUAUAGGAGGGGCCUUAUUUCUUACUGUGCUGGAAUCGCAGACCUUUAUUUCCUUGGUUUGCUUGAAAAUACUACUGAAUCUGUAUAAAAAGAGGGGUUCUUAUUAGAUUUUUAUUGAGCACCUAUAGUCUAAUUUUUAAGAGAUCUGUACUAUAUAUAUAAGGCAGUAUAUCUUUGCAAAGAAGCCCUGUAAAGGAGCCUCUAGGGAGGCACCUGGUCUACCCUUGUACUUAUUAUAGCCACUACUUUCCCCACAAUGCUAAAGGGAAUAUGAUGUUUGUAUUUUUUUAAUUAUUAUUAUUAUUAUUUUUUGCAUUUCUACCCAGGGUUACACUGUUGUGCCUGUCUGCAGUGAGAGUAUUAAUAAUAUGCUGUUUUAUAGUUCAGGAUGAUGCUGGGAGUUUGUUCUUGCUAUGGAGCAGAAAAGUCACAACUGCUUAAUAGUUUGAGAAGAAUAUUCUGUCAGUUGCACUAUAGGAGUCAUGAAAGGGACUUGGGGUUGGACCCCACACAAACCCCCACACCCAGGUCAAUGCUUAAUUUCCACAAGGAAUGUGGGCAUAAGGUUGAAAUGGUCUUGUAAUUCACCCUGUUGUGCCUAAAUAUUGCAGCACAUGGCAUGCUAAGCAAUUCUUCUUUCAUAAAUUUUAUUCUAACACUACAGUAUCUUACAGCUUCAUACAGAUUUUUAGCACUAAUCAUAAUAGCAUUAUUAAAAUCUUCAUGUGACAGUGAAGUGUUUAGAGUUACCCACCUGUUGACGACAUGCAAUCUUGCUGCUACCUACACUAAGGCACAAGAGGAUUCGUAGAGACUGGAUUCUUGUGUACAUCAUAGUACUGCAAUGUGCUCCUAAAUGAAAGGAGUUGAUUUUGUUUGGAAGAAAAGACUUCUUUUUGGAGUCAUUUUGCCCCUCCCCAUUUCUUCCUACAAAGGAGGAAAACUAAAAAGGCUCCACGUUGCAUUCAAGCCAAUGCUAAAAAUACAAAACCCAUUCUGUCUCUUGUUUCUCCUUCAUUUCUUUUCUAAAAGAGUAUAAAAAGGCAAUAUUUCCAGAGUGGUUUUUAGUUAACCAAAUUAAAAUAAUGUGAAAUCUUAACUUUUCCCGUGUCAGUAGUUUUCAUGUUCAUCUGCUCUCCUUUAAUUAAACAAAACUUGGAUGGCAUAAGUAUUUUGUCAUAGUUGUAUAAGAAUACCAACAAUUAUUAAUUGUUAGCAAGUGCAGAAAUCUACUUGCAGGUAUAUCACUUGUGAAUUAGUGGAUUAAAAUGUAGGAACGGAAAUGGGUGUCUAAAAACAAAAUGCCUGUUUGGUUACCAUAUUGGUGCUUAACUAAUGACAACCAUCUAAUGAAUCAGUUGUUAAUGUUUUUUUGUUGUUGCCAUUUUUCACACUUGCUAAUUUACUAGUCAAACCAUCAGUCUAGUGCAGCCUUUCUUAACCUUGAGUUCCCAAAUAUUGCCGGACUCACAUCAUCCCUGACUGCUGCUGGCUAUGGAUGAUGGCAGUUGUAGUCCAACAACAUCUGGGGACCCAUGGUUAAGAAAGGCAGAUCUAGGAAAUCUAAUCUGAUACUAAUUCAUAAUUUUUGUUGGUCAACAACUUUUGUCUUGUCUUACUAGCCAUACCUGUGACUUGUGUUGCCAUUGAUUCCUCCUCCCACUGAGUCUCCUGGCAUGUGCAGAGGACGUGGGGAGGAGGGCGUCUGCCCCAGAGUUGGACUUUCUGCAGAAGGUUCAAACGGCACCUUCCUGCCGUUGCUGCUGCAGAAGCUCAAGGAAAAGCAGAGGAGACAGCUGACUGCCAUCCUACAGGUUGUGCUUUUGCUGCAGCCUUGAAAAGCCCAAAGGGGGAGCAAGAAGCCAUCUCUUCCACCGCCCUGGUUCAUGUAAAAAAGAAGGGGCCAUUUCUUUCCUUUCCAUUGGGAUUUCUACAGGAGUACUUUGCUCCUGGAGCUUUCUACAAAAGCACAGUUUGCAGGACUGAAACUGCCACUCCUUUCUUCUCUAUUCUCCAUGAAGGAAAAGGGAGGUGAUUUUGUUUGCACUGCAAGUUGGGCCUUUUUAGAAACACCAGCCACACUCUCCUGCUGUCUCCUGUCAAACAGCAGCUGCUUUCCUUUGCCAUAAAAAAGGCUUUUCAAGAAUUUUUAGGAGUAGCAUUUGUUUACUGCCUCUCAAAAAACAUACCCUCUGUGGAAAAGAAAAGAGGAACAGUUUCUCUCCAUUUCUGUUGGGUUUUUUCAGAAAACUACCAUGAGGUGCAAAAAGGUUUUUAAAAAAAGAAAAAGGGGGGAAAGAAACAGCAGAAGCCCAAUUUGUAGGAGGCAAAACACCUUAUCCUUAUGUUCUUUCUUGGUGAAGUAUUUCCCCACAAACAGAACUUUUGGUGGAAGCACAGAUACCUGCCGGACUUGGGAUGAGGGCCGGCCAGAACAGAAGAGGGGCCAGUUGGUCUGGGCCUCUGAUUUUGAAGGGAUGCCCUCUGAGCCCCACUGGCAGAGGCAAAGGAGGACCCUUGGGUAAAGAUAAUUGGUAUUGUAAAGAAAGUCAAGGGCACAAAAUAUAAAUAUUUUUAAAAGAUUCAGAAGAGAUUAAUGCAGAUAAAAAUAGAUAGGUGUAGAAAUGGGGCCUACAUUUGUCCUGUCUGGUUUGGGCCCCCAACCCGUUUUGCGUGGCCCUGGGCAAGGGGCCCUUGCCUCUAGUCCUUACAACCUGGCAGUAGUUCAGCUGCAUCACAAAUACUAGUCUGUGCUCUCUCAGAUAAAUGGGCAAUGAAAUAGCUCCUCUCUGAUCCCAGCUUGUUGAAGUUUUAUUCUUGUGCAGAACAAGAAGUGAGUCUACUGGAAAAAAGUUCUUUUAUGUGAUCUUCACAUAAAAUUCAGAGUGUAAGGCAAAAUGGUAUUAAUUAUCAGUUGUUGUAUGACAGUUUUGUCUGCCUUGAAGCUCAUAGCAGAUGAAUAGGACCUGACAAUCAAUGAAAUCGGACGUGUUAAUUAUUAAAUGGCCUUUUUUGCUGCAGCAAUAAAUGAUGAAGUGCAAUGACUUGAUUUCAUAAUAAUAAUAAUAAAAAUCUUCUAAAAGAUGCUGCUAUGAGUAUUUUUAGCAAUAGAGGUCUCACUGAUAUGUCUUAAAUUAAUAUUGUAUCAUGGGAAAUAGGGAACGUAUGCAGACAUUCCAAAGAAUGCAAGUUAUUUCAAGCAGUUAUGCUUCACUGACUUGUUCACAGGUGCUGUAAAAUUAUGCAUGCUAUUGAAACUCCACAAUAAAAUUAUAUGCUGUUAAUAUGUUAUGUGAAUUUCCCUCCAUAAACAUUCAGACCCCUUAGAUGUAAUUCAGCUAGAUGUAACAUAGAACAAAAUAUUUCCAUUCUUUAAAGAGUCCACACUGCAAUAUGGAAAUAAUUCAAUAAUAUUGCUACCACUGAUAUUCAUUAUUUGUAUUGGCUAUUAUGGUUCUCUUUUGUUCUGCCCUUUUUAACUGCCAUAAUAUUCCCAUUUGGAAGCUAUAGAAAGUUGAGUGCAACUUUUUUUUUGGGGGGGGAGGUGUUUCAGAAUCCCUAGUGAGAGUUCUUUUCAUUUCACUUAUUUCCAGCCCUCCAUACAGUUUGUUUUCAGACGGGAAAAGACAAUCCAAUGUCACGUGGGCUUCUUGUUUGUGGGUUUCUUUAAAAAUCCAAAUUUAUACACCUAGCUGCAAAACUGGAAAUCUUUCCCCAUAGACAUAGAUGUCUAUAGGGUGGUGCUAUAUAUUUAUGCCCCUUCAUUUUUGUAUAUGAGGAAUAUAGAUGCAUGUUUUCAUAAUCUAAAUGUAACAAAAAAUUCUAUACGACAAGAUUUUAAGUGGAGAGAAAGUUCUCUUUUGAGGGGAUUGUUGAUCAGUACCCUUGGUAAUAGCUUGAAAAACACAGCUCUACUGGGGACUGUUAGAAAAUAUCCUUUACUGUAUAUUCUUAAAGCCAAAUGGCAUUAGCCUAUUAAAAUGUUUAAUCUGUUCUUUAGAUACA